AUGUUACUUGAUACGAAUAAAUUAUCGUUAAUAUAUAAUCUGUGGAAAUUAAAUGAUCAAGACGAUUAUAUACAAGAAGUAUGCGAAUUCUCGAGAAAAUUAACUGAUUCAGACGUACUCGAUGCUCAAUGUAUUCAACAAUAUCCUGACUUAAUUUAUCUUGUUGAAUUAUGGGAACAAAGAUCGUACAAAAAAUUAGAUGAUCUAUAUGAAAGUCUGUUGAAUGAUGUUAAUUUUAGCGAUAAAUUGGAUGCUAUACUGAGAUUUUUCUAUGAUGUACAAAGUUACGAUCUUGUUCGUUAUUUGUUAGAGAAAAACGUACAAUAUUAUCAUACUAAAAAAUUUACGAAAGGUUACAAUGGUUUUCAUGAAGCCUCGGCCUAUGGCUUUAGUGCAGUAUGUUCAAUGUUUCUGAAAGAUAAACAAAAACGGUAUGAUGUUAAUGAACCAUUUACCAUAUUAUAUACAAGUAAUAAAACACAUAAGACAGAAGUAGUUAGUAAUUUAACGGCAUUACAACUAGUCUGCAUAUGGUCCAAAUAUUUUCCAAAACGAUUUCGAUUGUAUGCUCAUACACAACGAAUAUUAUUAGAUGCGGGUGCUCGUGUCAACAUGAUAUCAACUGAACUGACAUCACCUCUUCAUUGGGCUUCUCGAGAACCACAUACAACACAAAUGGCCAAAGAAUUAUUAGAACGAGGUGCAAUAGUGAAUUGUAAAGAUAAAAUGAACAUCAUGCCAAUUCAUUAUGCUUGUUGGGCAAGAAAUUCACCUUUAGUAGAGUUGCUGAUAAAGCAUGGUGCACAAUUGUGUGUAGCAGACGAACUUGGACGAACAGCAAUUCAUUUUCUUUGUAUGCCAUCGUUCACAAAUAAAAUAAUAGAUGAAGAUGAACAAAUACAACAAUGUGAUCUUCUCGAAUUAUUAAUAAAAAUGGCCAAAAAUGAAAACGAGACCACAUCUGUUAGACCGACAGUUGAUUUAAAUGUCCAGGAUAUUCAAGGUCAUAAUUUAUUGAUGUAUGCGUGUGUUAGUCACAAUCUAAAAUUAAUGGCGUUGUUGUUGAAACACCAACCCACUCUGUUGAAUCAAACAAAUGUUGAUCAACAAUCAGCUUUGAUGAUAGCUAUUGACGAAAGUUUUAUUGAUGGCAUUAACUUUUUAUUGAAACAAGAAGGUUUAGAACGUAAUUUGCAAGAUUCAGAAGGUAAUACAGCUAUCCAUCAUGCUUGUAUAUGUACAAAUAUUGAACAACGUGCAACUAUUCUUCAACUAUUAAUCGUUAAUGGUGGAUUUGAUUUGGAAAAACAAAAUAAACAUCAACAAGAUCCAGUUAUGUUAUGUAUAUUACAAGAACAAAUCGAUCUUUUUAAAAUUUUGAUAGAUAAAACGGUUACAUUAACAAAAAAAGACUUAGAAUCACGCCAAUGCAUUCAUUUAGCAUGUCAAAUAGGUAAUUAUGAACUCGUUGAUAUACUACUCAAAUGUCCAAACAUAAACCUGAAUGUUAAAGAUGAACAACAACGCAAUUGUUUAUAUUAUGCAAUUAGUAAUGGAAAUUUAGACAUAAUCAAUCUAUUAAUAAAUAAGAAUGUACAAAUUAAUAUAACCGAUCAAGUUGGUGAUACUCCAUUACAUUUGGCUGUAGUACAUCCAACAAAUGCAUUUAAUAUUACCAAAACAUUAUUACAAACAAAAGAUGGCAAAGAACUUCUUAAUCAGCCAUCAGGUGAUGGUGUAAAGCCCCUAAUUUUAGCUGCUAAUUCAAAAGCACCCGACGUCGUUCGACUAUUAAUGAAAAAUGGUGUUGAUUGCACCGUUGUAGAUAAUGAUAGACGAACUGCGUUACAUUUAGCGUGUGCAAGUGGAUGCAUUAAAACAGUAUUAUAUCUGAUUGAAAUUGGAAAUAUUGAUGUAAAUAGUGUCGAUGUAUAUCAACAGACACCAAUGUUUUAUGCAUUUAUUUCUAAUGAAAUUGAUAUAGCACGAUAUCUUAUGACAUGUGGUGCUAAAUUGAACGUUCGUGAUGCACAUGGCUAUUUACCACUUCAUAGUGGAAUAUUGUUAUCAUCAAAUGAACAUGACUAUAAUGUAGAAUUUAUUGAUUUAUGUGCAUAUGAAAAACUUUCAUUAGAUGACAAUGAUAAUGAGAGUGGUUUAUCACCAUUAGGAGUCGCUUGUAUGCAAGGAAAAUUGAAUGUUGUUGAAUAUUUAAUUGAAAAAUAUCAUGUUGAUUUAUAUUCUGUGUGUAAUAAUGGUCACUCAAUAUUAAAUUAUGCAACAACAGCACAAAAUGAAAAUUCGGUAAAAAUAGUUGAAAUAUUAAUUAAGAAUGGAUGUUCACCAGAUAAAAUUGAUCAUCCAAAAGGUUCAUUUAUGUACACUAUUUGUCAACAUGGUCAACAUGAUGCAACAAUAUUUUUCAUAAAAAGAUGGUUAAAUGAAAAUAAUAAUCAAAUAUCGUCGACCUCAAACAAUAAUAAGAUAUAUUCCAAUAUAAAUGAACUUCAUUAUGGUGAAACAAUAUUGGAUUUAUUAUUUAAACGUGCUGAAUUAAACCAUUUGGAUAUAGAUGUUGACAUUUUACUAGAGUUAAUGGACAAUGGUGCAACAUUUUAUUCAACAAAAUUUGAUUAUUUUCCAUUACCAUUAAUAAAUGAUUGUCCAUUGUUUUAUGUUACAUUAUUACGUCAAAACUGUCCAUCCAUUCCUAAUAUUCCAGUUUUUAUCUUCCAUUUGUUGAAUUCCAUUACAUUAUGGCCGGAGACAUAUCUAACAUUAUACAAAACAAAAUCAUCGUUAACAAUUUGUGAAUAUUUCUAUUUAAUUGUACAAUUGGCCUAUACUCUUUAUAGUGUACCAAAAUUAUUUUUUACAAUUGAAAAAUAUUUUCUACAUCAGUUAGAUUUUGAACAACCAAAUGAACAAAUUAUUGAAUUAAAAACACAACUACAACAAUUACAAUCAAAAACUUUAACAUUAGGUGAGUAUGCAAGAAAAUUAAUUCGAAAACAAAUUAAAAUCCCAUCAAAACAUAAUUUGAAUCAAUUAGGUCUUAGUUCACAUUUAGUAAACUUUUUAAGAUUUGAAUAA